CGAAACAGCCAAGGUGCCCCCCUCGCCAAACAGGUAAGCGCACCACGGAUGUGGGGCGCUCGAUCCCGCGGCGGGAAGAAAGCCCUGGGCCGGUUUGCCACCAUGUCUGUGUCACACAGUUCCAAACUUAACAAAGGGGUCAGAGACCAGUACAUGAAGCUACCCCAAGGGAAGAGGGUGUUGGCCACGUACAUUUGGAUAGAUGGAAGCGGGGAAGGCCUUCGCAGCAAAACCAAAACCUUAAACCAGGAACCAAACUGCGUUGAAGAACUAUCAGAAUGGAACUUCGAUGGCUCCAGCACUGGGCAGUCCGAAGGAUCAAACAGCGACAUGUUCUUAAUCCCCGUCAAGAUGUUCCGAGAUCCGUUUAGCUUGGACCCCAACAAGCUAAUAAUGUGUGAGGUUCUGAAGUACAACCGGAAACCGGCUGAGACCAAUAACAGGUACACCUGUAAGCAAGUCAUGGAAUUGGUUAAAGACUGCCAACCCUGGUUUGGCAUGGAGCAGGAAUACACCUUGCUGGGCAUGGAUGGACGUCCGUAUGGCUGGCCCGAAAAUGGAUUUCCGGGCCCACAAGGACCCUAUUACUGUGGGGUUGGUGCAAAUAAAGUGUACGGACGUGAUAUCGUGGAAGCACACUACAAAGCUUGCUUGUACGCCGGCGUGGAGAUUGGUGGCACCAAUGCUGAAGUCAUGCCAUCUCAG